GCGAAGUUACAUAAAUACUGGUGCUGCUGCAAUAUUGCCGGUGUAUUUCGCGGAGGCAGAAAAGUAGUCAGCGUGACAACGUAAUCCACGUUUUCUUCGAGGCAAGCAUAACUUGUUAGCUUCGUACUGCCGAAAAGCAGGUAAAGACUUCUAAACCUCGAUUACAUUGUGAAAACAAAAAAUAGGUGAAAAAAUGAACGGACAAAUCAACGGGUUUCAUAACUCGCUCAUCGAGGAAGACUGCUUUCUGUUCACGUCCGAGUCUGUUGGAGAAGGACAUCCAGAUAAGAUUUGUGACCAAAUCAGCGACGCUGUACUGGAUGCCCAUCUCAAGCAGGACCCCGAUGCCAAAGUAGCAUGUGAGACCGUGGCCAAGACGGGGAUGAUCCUGUUGGCAGGGGAGGUGACAUCACACGCUUCUGUGGACUACCAGAAGGUGGUGCGCGAGACCAUAAAGCACAUCGGCUACGACGACUCCUCUAAAGGCUUUGACUACAAGACCUGCAACGUGCUGGUGGCUCUCGAGCAGCAGUCUCCAGACAUCGCCCAGGGAGUGCACCUGGACCGCAGUGAGGAGGACGUGGGGGCCGGUGACCAGGGCCUCAUGUUCGGCUACGCGACCAACGAGACGGAGGAGUGCAUGCCGCUCACCAUCGUCCUCGCCCACAAGCUCAACGCCAAGAUGGCCGAACUGCGUCGCAACGGCGCCCUGCCCUGGCUGCGGCCUGACUCAAAGACCCAGGUGACGGUGCAGUACCGGCAGGACCGCGGCGCCAUGCUGCCCGUGCGCGUGCACACCAUCGUGGUGUCGGUGCAGCACGACGAGGACGUGUGCCUGGACGAGAUGCGCGACGCGCUCAAGGAGAAGGUCGUCAAGGCCGUGGUGCCCGGCGUCUACCUGGACGACGACACCAUCUACCACCUGCAGCCCAGCGGCCGCUUCGUCAUCGGGGGUCCCCAGGGCGAUGCCGGCUUGACCGGGCGCAAGAUCAUCGUGGACACGUACGGGGGCUGGGGGGCGCACGGGGGCGGGGCCUUCUCCGGGAAGGACUACACCAAGGUGGACCGGUCGGCCGCGUACGCCGCCCGCUGGGUGGCCAAGUCGCUGGUGAAGGCAGAGCUUUGCAAGCGGGUGCUGGUGCAGGUGGCGUACGCCAUCGGAGUGUCCCACCCCCUGUCCAUCUCCAUAUUCCACUAUGGGACGUCCCAGAAGAGCGAGAGGGAGCUGCUGGAGAUCGUGAAGAAGAACUUUGACCUUCGACCCGGGGUCAUCGUCAGGGAUUUGGACCUGAAGAAGCCCAUUUAUCAGAGGACCGCGGCCUACGGCCAUUUUGGCCGUGACUCCUUCCCAUGGGAGGUGCCCAAAAAGCUCAAAUACUAAACGUGUCAAGCUUUUUUUCCCCAGGCCUGUUGGUGUAUACUACAGAGAAGCCUGCACGGUCUUAGGGGGGAAAAGGUCUCCAAAAAAAAAAAAAAAAAAAAAAAAAAAGAUCCUGCUUCCUAGUUGCUAAGUGAUAGCCCCUCCCCUCUCUUUUUGGAAAACCCCCCUGUCUUUACUAUCCCCCCCCCUCCUGGCUUCCCCUCUGCCACUCCCUCCCUCCUCCAGAGCAGUCUGUGGUGUGUCUGUGUCCAUUUGCUUGGCCCGUGUCUGGGACCAUUAAGGAGUUUCCGCCUGGGAAUGUGCAUCCGAUUUGGGGUCUUUGCUAGUUUUUAGACACCGAGCCAACUUUACAAGCUAUUUGUCAUGGUACAAGGGCGUGUGACCCCCCCCCUUAUGUUUAAGUGUACUAUCUGUUUGCUUCUUGUUGAUGCUCCCCUGCCACCACCCCCUGCAAUCACCUCAAAGUAGAUUCCCCCCCCCCCCCUUUUUAAUUUCUUUUAUUUCUCAACGUGUUGCUGUGAACAUCCACGACCAAGCCCCCCCCCCCCCCCCUCACUUCUACUAGGGGUGUCCUGGUCCUGGGGAGCCACAGGCUCCUUAUUACAUCAUUAUUAAAACCAGCUCUGCUGAUUUUCGUUAACUCUGUACUUCGCUAAUGAGCUGGAGCAGUUGAUUGGUUGACUUGACUUCACCUGGUUACUUGGGUCAGAAUUCGGUGCUGAUUUGAUUUUUGAGCUGGAAAAACAGAAACCCUGUGUAACUUGUAACUCCAGGACCAGGGUUGCAGCCCUGUUGACCUGCGCUAAGAUGGAACUCAGUGAUUGAGGGCUUGAGGGCCUAGUGGUUUGUGGUAGUUGGCAUCGCUGUAAAGUGCUACUUGGUGCAUUACUGUAGCGCAUUCAGUAUACAGUCUGCGACUGACCCAGUUGUUAAAUUUAACCUGAGUUGAGACUAAUGCAACACCUCCUUAGUGGUGACGACCUAGAAACUACAGGGCUCCAUAUUGAAUUCCUGGGUAGCUGAUUCUUGUACUAAGCUGCCCCCCCCCCACCCCCCCUUUUUUUUUUUUUGCAAUUCCUCCACCCACUCCUACACCCCCUCCCCCACCACAAUAUUCCCUCUAUCUGUUGCUGGAGGAUGUAUUGUCGAUGGCACAAGGAUAAAAGUUGUUGUUUUUUUGAAAAAGCCGCUAUGCAUUACAGGCUGACGCGCUUGCCAAAACGAAAGGUUGCUUAACUUAAAAUUUUAAAAGAAAACAAAAAGAAAAAGUAUCUUUCCUCCCUGUGCAGACCAUUGCUGUUUUCUGACGUACUACAGAAAAGUCAGAAGCUGCUAUCUCCUCUUCCCAACCCCUAUAUGGUCUGUAGGGCUGUCGGUAAUACUUGAUUUUUUUAUUUUUUAUUAUUACACUUUUACAGUUAUGCUGUGUUCCUCCGGUAAGAAAUGGAAAUUCCACUUGCUACAAAACCUGUUUUAAAGGUAGUUUGUUUCCUGUUUUUUAUGUUUGUCUUUCUUUUCCAUCCCUCCCCCCCCCUUAAGGUUUUAAAAGGUUUAAGACAAAGGCACUCCCCCUCUUUACGGUGUGAUGGCAGGUGUGAGUACAGAGAAGCCUGCCUCUAUCGUUACCCUAAAGGUGGGCUGUCUUAGACACAAAAUAAAACUCUCUUUUGAUACUUGAAGACGAGUGGAAUCAAAUCUUUAAAGUAUUCCUAUUUAUUGUGCUCUGAAGCUCCGUGUGGAUACAGAGAAGCUGGAGCUUCAGAAGGCAGCUUUUUUUAAAAAUUAAAAAAAUAAAUUAAAAUUUAAAAAAACUAGCUUAUUUAAGUUACGGCCGGAACGCCAGUGUUAGCCUGGGGUCCAAAGUGUCCUACAGAAAAGCUUUGGGUUCCAGCCUCAGCGCUGCCGUUGAUGGUGUUCUAGAGCGGUUACAGAUUGGGUGAGAUUGUAUUGACCGAGCACAUCAGUCGCCCGUCUUUUUUUUUUCUUUCUUUUUCUUGUCGCUUGCCUGCAAUCAAGCGGAGCAAAGUUUGGCUGGUGUUGUACAGAGAAGCCGGCCUUGUUUACAACGCUCCCUUGUUUUGUGGUGUACGCUUUUUUCGAUUUGGGAUUUUUUUUUUUUUUUCCUUUGUACAAUUCAGAGGUUGGUCAGUCAGUCUUCUGGUUACUGUAAAAAGUGCCUUUGCAAACUCCUCCUACACCCCCCCCCCCUUCCUUUGCCUAAUCACCCCUCCUUCCCUUCCCAAAUUGCUGUUCUUUUUGCUCCUCCUCCUCCCUCCCCUUACCAUUCUUCCAGUCAUGAAGAACAGGUAACUUGCAUAUGUCUCCUGCGGUCUUAAAACUUCCAGAAUUGAACACGCAUCCUCAUGUCAAAGAUAUGAAUAAAAAUGCUGAAUCAUA